AUGGAGGCAAAGAUCCCAGUGGUGGAUUUCGAGAAACUUUCAUCAGAUGAAGAUGAGUUAAAGAAACUAAGAGAAGCAUGUGAGAAAUGCGGGUGUUUCAGGAUCAUGAACCACCCCAUUCCACUAACACUCAUGGCUGACAUGAAAUUAGUGGCUAAACAUUUGCAUGACCUUCCCAUGGACAUCAAAAUCCGCAACAAAUUAGCUAUCCUCCCUGACAAUGGCUAUGUGUCAUUGAGUGUAACAAGUUCUAUUUACGAGGGUUUGGCAAUCUCUGACAUGCAUACAUCACCCCAUGCAAUUGAAGAUUUCUGUUCUGAAUUGAAUGUCUCAAACCACCACAGGUUCCUUUAUUUUACUAUCUUCUCAAAGUAA